AGACUUCCUACUUCACUUUGUCAGACGCAAAGCCACAUCCAGUGGCCCUCAGACUGAUGUCCAGCAGCGUCACCUGCAACAUGGGGGGCAUCAGACCCUCCCGUAGACUGCUGCUUCUGGCUUUCCUUCUGACUGCCGGUGGUCUCAGCCCUGCCCAGGCCCAGAGUGAAUGCAAGUGUGCUACCAUGAGCCCUGGCGUGCUGGCUGGGAUUGUGCUGGGGGACCUGCUGCUGACGCUCCUCAUCGCCCUGGCGGUGUAUUCUCUGGGACGGCUGGUCCCUCAGAAACGCGGGGCUGCGGAGAUGAGCGGGAAACAGCGCAUGAACCAGACGGAGUCGACGUACCAGGAGCUCCAGGGUCCGAGGUCGGAUGUCUACAGUGAUCUCAACACACAGAGGCAGUAUUACAGAUGAGCCUAAACCACAGCAGCCGACAGCCUGACGCCUGGAUCCAGUCAUUCCUGAUACCCACCCAGCACCCAAUUCCUACCCCAGCAAGACACAGAUCUGCAGAAUAUCCUCCUAGCGAUAUCAGCCCUCUCCCCAUCACCAACCCCAAAUAAACACGGAGCACAAAAACACUGUUCUGUUAU